AUGGAGCCGGAGACGAAGAAAAUCAAGUUUGAUGACGAAUCAGUGGCAAUUGGCUGGUUCGAUUUACCAUAUGAGAUGCGAAGAAUUGUAAUCGAUUAUAUGAGCAUGCGAACAAAGUUCAGAUUUGCAAGAUGUUCCAAAGAUUGUUACGAAGAAGUGCAAUUAUCGAGAAAUGUGCUGGAAUUGAUUGAGUUAUCCGAAAUUGGCAGACCGAAAAUUGGUGUAUGUUUCGAAAUUAAUGAUUACUCAGAUAAUGAGUACUGUUUCGUGAUUUGCGAUCGCUCAAAAAGAUCCACGUAUUCUAAAAUGCCUCUUCGCGCAUUUCGCGAAGAUUUACAUCGCUUUGAAACUAAUACGGAAGAAGAGUUUGAUGAAUAUUUUGCUCAAAUGUUGCGCGGUUUAAUGAAGCUAGCGAAAAAUAGUUUGGAUCGAUUGUGGAUUUUCAUGGUGAGGCAUUUUGAGAGGAAUUUGUUUUUAAAAUAAAUGUUUUCAGUCAGAUUUCCCCUAUGAUAAAAUGAAGAUGGAGAAUAUUCGAAAAUUGAGCGAAAUCAUUCUUGGAGGAAAUAUUAAAAACCUUCAAAUUGAUCCGAUUUCCUCAGGAUUCAUCGAAUUUGAGCAACUUUGCGCUGUUUCUCAUUUUAUCGAUAUCCCCAAACUCACAUUUGAUCAAUUAUUACAAAUGAAAACUAAAAUUAUUAAAAUUGGUUCUGAAGAUUUUGAAGAAGAUCCGAUUGAUAUUGCACCACUUAUGAAUCGAAUUUUUGAUGGGGAACUUGACGAAAAUGUGGAACUCAUCUCUUUUAGACCUGAACCGAAUUUGGAAAAUGUUAGGGGAAUUUUUGCGCAACGCCUUAGUUGGUGAGGGCUUUCUUUUUUUCUUUUUGGUGAACAAAAAAGUGAUGCAGAAAUGAAUAUUUCAUUUUCAGUUGGAAUUAUCCUUCGUUCGAAUUGUUGGUGGAACGAUUCGAUAAAGUUGUUGCGUUCGAAUAUGAUGUGGAUGAAACUUUUUCAAUUGUACCCAAUUAUUCGCCGGAUUUACGCCAAUGGACACCUUUAUAA